AUGUUAUUUCAGAGAUAAUCACUCCCAGCUUUAAAUGCAAUCUGUUAUCAUUCAAACAAUGAAGAAUGUGAAUUAUAACUGAGACCUUUGUACUUAUUAAUUAGAGAAAAUCAAAUUGAUGUCUAAUAAGAAAACAUUACUUUAGUCGGUUUGUUCAAGCUCUUAAAAAUCUGGAAAUUAGAUAUACCAUUUUCAAUUUUAGCUAAGUUAAUGUUAAAUGCAAAUAAAUAUUGCAACUAGUAAUUGAAUUAAAUGAUCAAUUAACAUUCUUUUCAUCAAUUAAUGCAUAAUCCACAAUUAUAAAUAAUUUAUAGAAAGAAGCCUAAAUCAGACGUGUCCUAAUUAAUAGGAAAUAAUGCUUACUUAUAAAAUUGUUAAUUCUCUACUCCUUAGACAAUAGUUGGAUUAUUCUCUAGACUUGGAGAACUAAUAUAGAGAAAGUAAAUUUAUCUCAAAAUCAAUAAUGAAAAUUUAGAUGCUAAAGAUAAGUAUAGCUAUAUUAUUAAAAUGAUGCAAAAUACACCCAGGGAUCUGAAAAUCAAUCCUGUAGACAAUGUAACUGAGAAAUAGGACAGCUUAUUAAUAGGAAAUUAAUAUUUUAGUACUUAAUCAAAAGUCGAUAGCAUUUUAUCUUUAGAAGAUAAUGAAGAAAAUGAUGAUUAAUUUCCUCAAAUUAAUAAACCUAUUAAAUAGAAGUUUCAAAAAUUAUAGAAUGUCUUAGAUUUGAACGAUUAAUAAUUUAAGAUGAAUCAUAGAAUGAGAAAAAUGCAUACAACUAUGAUGAAGCAUAUGAUUUAACUUAAAUAAAAUUAAAAUGUGAAUAAGAUAAAUAAAUUAAUACAGCAAACAUAAGGGAAAAUUGUAAUUAAAUUACCUGAAAUAUGA